GUCACCUCCCACCCCACAGAGACGGAAGCCGGCGGGGUCCGGGCAGGUCCGGGUGCUGCGGGCGGAGGAGACAUGAGCGACUCCAAGGUGAAGGUGGCCGUCCGGAUCCGGCCUGUGAACCGGAGAGAGGUGGACCUUCAUACAAAAUGUGUGGUGGACGUAGAAAAAGACCAAGUCAUUCUUUACCCCAGCAACCCGAACCUGUCCAAAGGAGAUGCCAGGAGCCAGCCAAAAGUAUUUGCAUACGAUCAUUGCUUCUGGUCGAUGGAUGAAUCUGUAAAAGAGAAAUUUGCAGGACAAGAUGUUGUUUUUCAGUGCCUUGGUGAGAACAUUCUCCAGAAUGCCUUUGAGGGGUACAAUGCUUGUAUCUUUGCCUAUGGACAGACUGGCUCAGGAAAGUCUUACACCAUGAUGGGCACAGCCGACCAGCCUGGACUCAUCCCCCGACUAUGCAGUGCCCUGUUCGAGAGGACGCAGAAGGAGGAGACUGAUGAACUGAGCUUCAAAGUGGAAGUUUCCUACAUGGAAAUUUACAAUGAAAAAGUUCGGGAUCUCCUGGACCCCAAAGGGAGCCGGCAGUCCCUCAAAGUUCGGGAGCACAAGGUCUUGGGCCCGUAUGUGGAUGGUCUUUCCAAACUGGCAGUCGCAUGCUACAAGGAUAUAGAAUCUCUUAUGUCGGAAGGGAACAAGUCUCGCACAGUAGCAGCAACCAACAUGAAUGAGGAAAGCAGUAGAUCCCACGCCGUGUUCAAUAUCAUCCUCACACAUACUCUUACUGAUGUCCAGUCCUCGACCUCAGGUGAGAAAGUCAGCAAACUGAGUCUGGUGGAUUUAGCCGGAAGCGAGAGAGCCACGAAGACGGGCGCCGCUGGGGAGCGUCUGAAAGAAGGGAGCAAUAUAAACAAAUCCCUCACCACCCUGGGCCUGGUCAUCUCUGCCCUGGCAGACCAAGGAGCUGGGAAGAAUAAGAAUAAGUUUGUUCCGUAUCGGGACUCUGUGUUGACAUGGCUGCUGAAAGACAGUCUUGGCGGGAACAGUAAAACUGCCAUGGUGGCCACGGUCAGCCCUGCUGCUGAUAACUACGAUGAGACUCUUUCCACUCUUCGCUAUGCCGACAGGGCCAAGAACAUAGUCAACCACGCCGUGGUCAACGAGGACCCCAAUGCCCGAAUCAUCCGAGAGCUGCGAGAAGAGGUGGAGAAGCUACGAGAGCAGCUGACGCAGGCUGAGUCAAUGAAAGCACCUGAACUGAAAGAUCGGUUACAGGAGUCGGAGAAGCUCAUCCAAGAAAUGACCGUGACGUGGGAGGAGAAACUGCGCAAGACGGAAGAAAUCGCUCAGGAGCGCCAGAAGCAGCUUGAGAGUCUCGGCAUAUCACUCCAGUCCUCAGGGAUUAAAGUCGGAGACAACAAGUGCUUUUUAGUCAAUUUAAAUGCAGACCCGGCCCUCAACGAGCUUCUGGUUUACUACCUUAAGGAUCACACGCUUGUUGGGUCUGCCGACUCGCAGGACAUCCAGCUGUGUGGGAUGGGGAUCCUCCCUGAACAUUGCAUUAUCGACAUCACCCCAGAAGGCCAAGUCAUCCUGACCACAAUGAAGAACACCAGGACUCUGGUCAAUGGGUCGGCCAUCACUAACCCCACACAGCUCCAACACGGGGACCGCAUACUGUGGGGGAACAAUCACUUUUUCAGGAUAAGCUUACCAAAGAAGAAGAAGUCCGAGCGGGACGAGGAGGAACGGGACACCAGUAUGAGGAACAGCAGCAGCUUCGAGCAGCUGGACGCAGAUGGAGACAGUUCCAGUGAGGUGUCCAGCGAAGUCAACUUUAACUACGAGUACGCUCAGAUGGAAGUCAUGAUGAAAGCACUGGGAAAUAACGACCCCAUGCAGUCCAUUCUGCAGACUCUGGAGCAGCAGCAUGAAGAAGAAAAGCGCACUGCACUGGAACGCCAGAGACUGAUGUAUGAACAUGAGUUGGAGCAGCUCCGGAGGAGGCUGUCCCCAGAGAAGCAGCAUUAUCGCAGCAUGGACAGGUUCUCCUUCGGCUCCCCCAACGCCCAGCAACGCAUCAAACAAUGGACGGAAGAGAGGGAAGUGAUGCUGCAUCAUAGUUUCAUGAAGCUCAGGGAACAAAUCGCCAAGGCCAAUCUGUACGUCCAGGAGGCCAAUUACAUUGCCGAUGAGAUGGACAAGAGGACGGAGUACAAAGUCACCCUGCAGAUCCCGUCCUCCAGCCUCAACGCCAACAGGAAGCGGGGCGAGGUGCUCAGUGAACCGGCCAUCCAGGUGAGGCGGAAAGGAAAAGGCAAACAGAUCUGGUCCCUGGAGAAGCUGGAGAACCGUCUGGUGGACAUCAGAGAACUGUAUCAGGAAUGGAAGGCUUGUGAGGAGGAGGACAAUCCUGUAAGCCAGGGGUAUUUCCGGCGCGCAGAUCCUUUCUAUGACGAGCAGGAGAACCACAGCCUCAUCGGAGUAGCCAACGUAUUCCUGGAGUCCUUGUUCCAUGACGUGAAGCUGCAAUAUGCCGUCCCCAUCAUCAAUCAGAAGGGAGAGAUUGCAGGACGUCUGCAUGUGGAGGUUGUCAGAGUCAGCGGAGACAUCGAUGACAGGAUUGGCGGUGGUGAGGAUGGAUUGGACACCUCCACUGACAGUAAAUCUCAGGAGCACAAACUGGUCUGUAUGGUUAAAGUGCUUCAGGCCACAGGUUUGCCACAGCAUCUCACCAACUUUGUGUUCUGCCACUAUACUUUCUACGACCAGCCAGAGCCCAUCAAUGUGGCCCCUGAGGUGGACCCAAGUACAGCCUCCCCUAUCUGCAAGGAACCCCAGUGCAUGGUUGUCUUCGAUCACUGCAAGGAGUUUUCUGUUAACAUCACAGAAGAUUUUGUGGAUUAUCUGGCUGAAGGGGCAUUGGCGAUUGAGGUUUACGGACACAAGCAAAACGACCCCCGCAAGAAUCCUGCCCUCUGGGAUCUGGGGAUAAUACAGGCCAAAACACGCAGCCUGAGGGACAGGUGGAGUGAGGUGACCCGGAAGGUGGAAUUGUGGGUACAGAUAUUGGAAUUAAAUGAGAAUGGAGAGUACUGUCCUGUAGAGGUUGUCCCUGCUAAAGACGUUCAGACGGGAGGCAUCUAUCAGCUGAGACAGGGGCAGUCACGACGUCUUCAGGUGGGGGUGCGCUCUGUGCAAGACUCUGGAACAUUGCCUCUAAUAGAAGAAUCUAUUUUGUCGGUGUCGGUGGGCUGCGUUAAAAUUGUCCAUACAAAAUCGGGAAAGUCUCAAGAUACACACCAGGACAGUGGAGAGGAUGUUGACAGCUACCAGGACCGGGAUCUGGACAGACUGAAGAGGAAAUGGCUGAACGCUCUCACCAAGCGCCAGGAGUAUUUGGACCAACAGCUGCAGAAACUCGUCAGCAAGCCAGAUAAGACAGAAGAUGAUGCAGAUCGAGAAGCGCAGCUCUUGGAGAUGAGACUGACUUUGACCGAAGAGAGGAACUCCGUCCUCGUUCCUUCUGCCGGCAGCGGGAUUCCCGGAUCACCAGCAAAUUGGACUCCAGUUUCUGGAAUGGAGACACAUAUCCCUGUUAUAUUCCUGGAUCUUAAUGCGGAUGAUUUCAGCUCGCAGGAUAAUCUGGAUGAACCAGAGGCAGCCGGUUGGGACGCCACGCUCACCAACGAAGAGGAAGAUGAAUUCUAUGAUCUGCAGAUCAUCAAACACCACGAGAACGAGGUAAAAUCAGAGGCCUCCUGGGACUGCACCGUCCACAACUGUCCGCAGCUCAGUAAAGGCUCCUCUGCGGAUGAGAGAGUUUACCUUAUUGCCAGAGUCACAGUACAGCUGAGUCACCCUGCUGAGAUGCAGCUAGUUCUACGCAAGCGCAUAUGUGUCAAUGUCUACAGCCGCCAGGGGUUCGCUCAGAACUUUCUAAGAAGGAUGUCUCACAGGAGCAACAUUACGAGCUGUGGAGUUACUGUUGAAAUUGUUUCUAAUAUUCCGGAGGACUCUCAAAGCUCUGAAGACCGAGAAGCCCUGGCACGCCUGGCAGCGAAUGCAGAGGAUACCGGCUCAGCGGAUUCUGAAGCAUACAUUGAGAAGUAUCUGCGGAGUGUUCUGGCUGUGGAAAACAUCCUUACCCUGGACCGGCUGCGUCAGGAGGUGGCAGUGAAAGAGCAAUUAUCGGGGAAAGGAAAGCUACAUCGGAGGAGUUUAAGUUCACCUAAUGUUCACAGACUAUCAGGCAGCCGACAGGACCUGGGAGGUCAUCAAAGCCUGGCUAAUAACAGGGGUCGAUGGGAGAGCCAGCAGGACGUAUCCCAAUCCUCACCCAACUCCCGCUCUAGGGGCACAUCGCCCCGGCGGUCCCAGAAUGUGCCCCCUGCACACAAUCAGUCACAGGAUCAAGGUCAGGACAGCGCGGCGUCUACCUACUUGAACCCUGUGAAAUCCUUAGUGCCUCAAAUGCCGAAACUCCUUAAAUCUCUGUUUCCUCAGCGUGACGAGAAGGGCAGACAAGCGGCUACCACGCUCAGCCCUCAGCCUGUCCCUCGGAUUAUAGUCCAGUCUGCGAGUAUCGAUGACACGGCGUUCAAGCUAAAAACGAUUGCCCUCGAGGAACGGACCAUAACCCACCAACCAGUGAUCGCUCGUUCACCAACGCAAGAGAAGAGAACUGAAAAGCCAUCUACAGUGCCUUCACAGCCAAAACAUUGCGAAUCUCCAGUACAGGAUUCCCAAGAGGGGGGGCCUCCAAGUCCUGUCAGCGAAGCUUCGAGUGGGUACUUUUCCCACAGCGUUUCCACAGCCACUUUAUCAGAGGCAUUAAUUACAGGAAAUGAGGUGCCUACAGGUCAAAUCUUAAGCCCCACAGCUACUGACAGUAGUCCACCCAGUGUACCUUCUGCUCAAGAGCCCCCUAGAAUAGAAUCUAGAAACAAAAUCAAUGCCAUCCCAGUUGACAUUUAUCACAAAGCUGAUGUUGGUCUUCAAGAAGAUAUCCUAACUGAUACAAAUGUUAAGGAUGUGAAUGACUCGAUAGGUUCUGUCCUGGGUGAUCACAGCAAGCAUAGUUUAGAAGAUCACAUUCGGAAACAUGAGGAGCCUCUUUUGACAAGCUUGGAAGCACAUCACACAACAGCCACCUCAAAAAGUAUUUCUUCAGAAAAGAUCACUGCAAGCACCUUAUCUUCAGAAAAUCACAAGGAGGCUCAACCAAUGCUCACGGCCGAACACUUAAACCAAACCAAAGGCGUUGUUUCUCCAUUCAGGAUACAAAAAGUAAGGCAGUCAGAACUGAAAUCUUUUACGCGGAUACUUGGCGAUGACCUUGGAGAUGUUCCUAGUUUAGAGAAGCCGGGGAGCGCCGUCAAGUUAAAAGGAAGUAAGGAAGCAUUGGAUGACCAGGCAGAGAGCGGGGAAGAGAAAAUGGACGCGACAUCCGACUCUGAGGACUGCCAGGAGGUUCCUGAAUGGUUGAAAGAAGGGGAAUAUGUGACACUCGGAACAAAUAAGACUGGCAUUGUCAGAUACGUCGGCUCUGUGGAUUUUCAAGCAGGGACCUGGGUUGGCGUGGAGCUUGAUUUGCCAGCAGGCAAGAAUGACGGCUCUGUGGGUGGCAAACAGUACUUUAAAUGUAACCCCGGCUACGGUGUCUUGGUGAGGCCCAACAGAGUCAAGAAAGCCACGGGUACGGCACGCAGAAAAAGCGCCGGGCUACGUCUGCAAGGAGCAGUCGAGAACCGAAAGGGCGCCGGCCUCUCCAGCUCUGCCGGAAACCUUGCCACGUUGACCGCUCUGGCAAAAUCCGAUCGAACCGCGAGCCUAAAAGCCGACGCCCAAAAGAAGGCAGAGAACAGGAAGUCUUGGGCCAAUUAAACGCAGUGCUCGCUGCUGUAUUGUAAUGCUGUGUUUUUAACCUUCAGAAGGGCUUUUGCAAUGUGGUCAUCUUGGGUGACAACUCAUGACAAAGCCCUUUCCGCAUGAAUAAUUCCACCAUACUGCUUUCAGGUGUCUCUUCUCCGCAUUGGUGAUGGACCCAGUCAAUCUGAUCCUGUGACGCCGAUUUAAUUUCCGAUGCUGCGGCUACCCCAAAGAUGCAUGGAGAGGUCACCAAUACGCUCAUUUUAACCUUUAUUGUUGGCAAGCAUGGUGCAGGACGACUGACCGUCACAGAGUGUCUACUGUGUAUAUAUAAAUGUGUGUAUGUGUAAAUAAGUUUUAUACAUAUCUUUUAUGUGUUGGAAAAGGAUUGUUGGAUCGUAGGUUCUACAUCUGUGGAUUCCAAACCAGACCAAAUCUGCGUUUCUUUUGUAUCUGUUUUCCAUGUGGUGGUGGCCUUGAGUGGCCAAAGGGAGUCAAGUUGGGACGCAAUAGGAAAUGUAUGUAUGUGUGUGUGUAUAUAAAGGACCAUGGGUGUACAUACACAGCUGUAUUUUGGGGGUAACAAGUGCAAUGGUAAGUGACUGCAGCCAGGAAAAGGGUUAUAAAAGGGCAAACGGUUCGUUCAAGCAGUAACCUCCUCUAUGGUUUAUCCCUGUGCAAGAUGCAUGGAGAAUUACGUCCAGUGAACUAUUCAUGCGUCUAUAUUCGGUAAGGGUUAUGAAUUCGUUUUUUUUGUUUUUUAAUGAAAAUUUAACUGACUUCUGGCACCAAAAUGAUCACUUUUUCUUUUUUCUAUACUGUGCACAAACACCGUUACACAACAAUGAGUCACAUCUCUCCGACACUUUGGCCUUUUUACUUUCUGUUCGUAGUUUUUUUUUUUUCAUUGUAAUAUUUAUAAAUGGUGGGUGUUUUUCUUUUCUUACUUCCGGAGGGUAAUGGGUUGCGAUUUACAAUCAUUCUUAAAGUUUUGUUUAACGGUUGUGGGUUAAUGGUGGUAAUCGGCUAAAUUGUGGUGCUGGGAUCAAGACGGUCUACAGCUUUACACUACAUAAAGGCACAAUAGAUGCAAUUGGGUGGUAUUCACUAAUCUAUAAGUGGUGCUUUAUAGGUUCAGUAACCCACAGACCAAUCAGAUGUUAGAGCAGUGAAAUAAGACAUUUUGAUUGGUUGUUGCUGACUUGUCUGGACCUCACUCUUUAUCACAGUAGUGACAGUUGCACCAACACAUAGAAGACAUUCCACGUGUGCGAUGAUAUGCCGUGUGCUCAAAUUCCUCACGAUGUGUACAUGUGGCACUUGUUCAUUUUUAGGAAGAUAUGCAUGAAAUCAGGACCAAAUGUCUGUGUGCUUAUAAUUCUGGAUCUGUGGGCCUCACAGGGGUCCUGUUUUAUUCUGUGCAUGCAACUGUUUGGGAGGACGAAUACCUGGAAAUACCAUGUGAUUGUCUGUAUAGGUGUCAUUGUCGGACAGCACAGUGCCUUAAGCUCUCGGACUAUCAGUAGAGUCUUUGUUCUGUAGCCUAAUGGCCAACACUAAAGGCAGUAUUCCGAAUAUAUGGGCAUAUCUGAAGGGGAGAUCAUAGGAGGCAACCCCGACGCCCCCUUCCGUUGGGACAGUGGUCAGGAAAAGCCAUGGAGCUACAAGGGGUGACAAACGCACAUCUGUUCUGUACAUUGGACCCCUGUGUACUUCUACCUCCUGGAGCUAGUCAUCUGGUAGCCAUUUUACAACUUGAAUUCAUGUUCAGCCAAUCAGAUAGCUAGGUUGAAGACUUUACAGAGCUUUUAUUGGCUGACAGUGACAGCACAUCGGUACAUGGUAUGGCUUUGGUUUACCAGCUAGUUUUUAUUAGCAGGUUGGGCGCCAUCUUGGUCAACAACUUGCUUCCUUGUUAAUUUAUUAUGGUUUCAAUGCUGACACUCCCUAUACACUGUACAUAUCAAAUCUUAAUACUAAUAAUACAUGCAGUACACUUUGAAACAAAAUGCACUUCAUAUCACCAAGACCUUUAUUGAUAUCAGCUACUUAGUAAGUUCCUCUUGUUUUCUUUCCUUAAAUACCACUUUCCAGGGUCUAUGUCGACAGGCUUUUAUUUGCUUCAAGUUGGUUUUGCAUUCCCAUGCAAGUUUAUAGGGAUUAAAACCUGAAUGAGGCAGUUCAAAGGCAGAUGAGAUUCAACAGAAAACAUGUGCUUGAGGAGCACUGGAACCCAAGCGAAAGUCUGGAUGGAGCUCCAACUUUUAGAGGCAGACAGAGUAUCCCUGGAGUAUUUCUGGACAAUAUGUAAGGGAUCAGGGCGUUGCAAAGCUUUGAGUCAGGUAAGCGUUUAUUUUUUCACAACAAGAAGAUCAAAGGGCAACUCAUUUUGGGGGUACAAAAAUGUCCCUUGAUCAGGGAGAACAAUGAAGAUUUGGGUCAGAUUGGCAACCUAGUUCUUCUACUUGAUGGAGGAGUUUUGAAUCCCCCAAUUGCAUUGGCUUUUAACCUUCUUGUCAUGAAAAAUACCCUUUGCUGGACUAAUUCAAGCUCAAUGGUGUUCUCAUCCUUUAAAUCUUCUCCAAAUGCAGAUCAAGAGGUCAAUGGCAUGUCAUGUCAAUGAAUUUUGAAUGAUCUCAGAAGCGUCUUAAACUGAUUGCCAUUGUAAAAUCCCAAAGCCCAUCGACCUGGGCCCUAAAGUAACCCUAGAUCAGUCAUUCUCAACCAGGGUUCUGUGGAAUAGUAGAGUUCGUCCAGAGGUUCCUUAAGCUAUGGCUUCCUGUCUUCCCGUUUUUUAUGGUGCCUGAAUAGUUCCUAGUCAAUGCCACUUGGCAAAGUGAUCUGCAUGAACCCAAUUCUAGUUUUAGCUGUCUAUAAAGUGAGGAUCCUAUCCACUGGCCACCAUUCUAAGGGGCCAUUUUUUCCAUUGAUCUUCGAAGUAUUGAUUUUAGCAAGGGUUCCCAAAGACCUGAACAUUAUUUCAAGGUUUCCUGUGGGAUAAAAAGGUCGAGAAAGGCUGCCCUAGAUUCUCAAUAUAAACAAGUGUGGUCCAGUCUGUUAGGAAACGACAGAACAUAAGCUGGCUUUUACUACUUUAUCAGCAAGAAGGGGCCCAUUUCUUUGUUGAAGACAUAGGGACAGAGUCCAAUGCCAACGCUUGCAUUUUGUUCGCACUGACUUCUAUUCACUAAGAAGGCAGAUUAGGCACCAAUGAAGGUAGCUUUCAUUGAAUAUCCUCUAAGGGUCUAUUUAUCAGCCCAAGAUUCAGACAACUUUCCACCCAAGAUUCAUAUAUUUCUUUUAACCAAAUUGAAAUGUGUGAAUCUUGAGUGAAAUCAUCGCUAUAUCGAGCCCCAAAGUGUUUAGUGAACCCUUUUGAAGACUUGGCUUGGAACUCAGCUCAACAGAACAUCGGGCACACACUAAUACCUCAAAUUUCAGUACUGACCGGUGAUGAAUUGGGUGCCUAAGCACCAUAGAAAAUUUAGAGUGCCAUGAAUUUGACUUUCUUGUAAAAACAGACAAUAAAUUACAUCAACAGAAAUCUUUCCCGUACACACCUAAAUGUAGUGACUUCUCAAAUUCUAGAAUUAUUAAUUUUACCUGCCAAACUCUCUGCAAAUCAUAUCUGCCUUUUGAGUACGCUGGCUUUGGGCUGGAAGGGGCUCUAUUUCUUGAAAUUCUUUGUAUAUAUUUAAAAGCACUUUACUUGAAUUUACUUAGCCAUGUUUUUUUUGUAAAAAAAAAAGACAGUCAAAAUUUAUCGAGCUCAUCCAUCUCGCGUCGCCAGAUUUUGGAACCUUGUGAUUUGUUGAACAUGCGGUUUUAAAGAUUUAUUUGUUACAGGCAUGUGUGUUUUAAUUUGUACAAGUCACUGCCACGCUCAUCCACAAGGAAUUCUCAUUCGGGGUGGCGUUUUUUUGUUUGUUUUGGGGUUCUUCUUUGUCGUUUUUGAGGUAUGGUGAAAUUAGAAACGUUAUGUUUUUUCUUUUUAUCCUUCAUUUAAUCACAUCAUUCGGACUCCAAUAAAUUAUCCACGUUGCCUUUCGGUGAAAAUAAGAUUCUUGCAGUUAAUAAUUACCAGGUGCCUUGGUUUUGCUAAACUUUUUAAGCCGUAAGCAAAAAAUUAAAUAAAACAUCUUUUCUAUUCACGAUUUUGUAAACGCUAAUUCUUUUUUUGAAGUUAACACUGGGUCUAUGUAUAGUUUUUUUCUUUGUAAGUAAUUGUAACAAAUAAAUAACUGCUGUUUUUUCCGGGAAUAUUUUUCUUUGCUUCCCGAGCCAGACUUUUUGAUUACAAAGAGUAUUUUUUUUCCUCGUAUAUACCAGCUGGCACAUAAAGAUAAUAAAAAUGUUUUUUUCUUUAAUAGCCACUUUUAAGUUUUUAAUAUGAUGCCUAGAGCUAUUAAGUCUUCUGUCCCAGAUUUGUUAGUAAAUAGCUCAAUGCCCCUAGUUCGUAAUCAGCACUGUGAUUUUUUUUAUUUUUUUUGCUCUUCUAGUUCUAAUUUAAUGUGUUAAGUUUCUUUAAAGCCCAACAACUAAGACUUCCAGUAGAUGACAGGAAAAGUCCCAAUGUAAAUCUCGGGAUUGGUGCCUUCACUGCAGCUCUUCAACCACUGAGUCUCAAGUCUGUGUCACACUAUGAAUUGUUUUUUUAACGGUAAUAAGCAUGAAAUCCUGAAUCUUUCGAUUGUUCUCAUCACCGGUGGUGUGUGGCAAGCCGAGGGGGUGUCUCAUGCAUGUUUAGUUUUUGGAUGGUUGUAUUAUUGAUCUUCGUGGAGAGCUGAUUUCCAAAGAGACAUCUGUUAAAUUUGUUUUAAAUCAUUUUAUCAUUCUAAACUACUGCAUCUUGUUCAUCGAUGUCUGAUUAAUAAACAUUUUUUAAACCAGUAA